AUGUUUGCCAUAUUCUGCUUUGUUUUAGAGCUUGAUCAAUCAGUGACAAAGAGAGAUCCCUCGCAGGAACGAAAACAAUCCACAAAAGAACUGUUGCCUGCACCUGCUGCACUGCAACAAAAAAAUGAAGGACCCAAAAACCAAAGGCUUACUGUUGUUCUCUUCAAGAUCCCCGAUGUUAAUGCAAGUUUUGGUGGUAGAUUUACUUGGACAACUUCUCAAAAUCCUCCAAUUUUGAUAAGGUUAUAUAGAUUCUUAUUGUCUCCAGAUUUUCAAGAUCAUUGUCCUGCUCCAAUGCAAGUUCAAUUAGAUAAUUUAGAACUUACAAUUGAUUUUCUAGAUAACUUGGAGGAAGUUAAUGUGCUAGAUGAUGAGGAUGUGGUGGCUAGAGAACAAGCAAAGAUAAAGCAUGCUGAAGUGUCCAUGACUUUGGAUAGAAGAAUUGAUCAGAGAGAAAAAGAAAGAUGGAUGAAGGAUGGUGAGUCUAAUUCAAGCUAUUUACAUAAACUUGCUUCUUUCAAGUAUAAAAACAAUAGUAUAAAUUGUUCGAAAAUUGAAGUAAAUUUGUGUUUUGAUAAGAAGAAAAUAGCCGAUGAGACAAAAAGAUUUUACUCUUCUUUGUUCACUGAACAAUUUAGUGCAAGACCCUCUUUUGAAAAUCUGGAGAUGCAUACUAUUUCAGUUAGUGAGAGUAUUAAUCUUGAGAAGCCUUUUUCUGAAGAAGAAGUCAAGGAAGUGGUGGAUAAUUUUGGUGCUAACAAAAGUCCAGGCCCUGAUGGUUUCACUAUGGAGUUCUACAAGAUUGGUUGGAAGGUGAUUAAAAAUGAUCUCAUGAAGGUUGUGAAGGAAUUUGAAACUUCUAGUGUGCUGGAUUGGAGGGUGAAUUGCAUAAACAUUACUCUGAUUCCCAAAUGUGGUGGUGCAGUCUCUUUGCACAAUUUCAGGCCUAUAAGUCUCAUUGGGAGUAUAUAUAAAGUUAUUUCUAAACAUCUUUCUGAGAGGUUAAAAGUAGUACUUCCUUCAAUUAUUUCUGAAUUCCAAGGGGAUUUUGUGCAUGGAAGGAAAAUACAGGAUGGUAUGUUAAUUGCUUCUAAGCUCAUAGAUUCAAAAUUAAGGCAAAUGGAAUCUGGUCUAGUAUGCAAAGUAGACUUUGAAAAGGCUUUUGACAAUGUUAACUGGGGUUGUGUGGAGACUGUUCUUGCUAGAUUUGGUUUUGGUUGUAAAUGGAGGAGCUGGAUCAAAUGGUGCAUAACUACACCAAGAUUUGAUGAUUUGCUUAAGGGUGAAGCUACUGACUUAUUCAAAAGUCAAAAAGGUAUUAGACAGGGAGAUCCUGUCUCUCAUUUUCUUUUCAUUUUAGUUGCUGAGGUUCUUUCUUUGAUGUUCAAAAAAGAAGCUGCUCAGGGUCUUAUCACUGGUUUCAAAGUUGCACAACAAGUAUCCUUUGAAACUAUAUCUGGUCUAAAGGUUAACUUUAGGAAAAGCACAAUUGUGGGUCUUGGUCAAAUGCAUAAUGGGGAGUUUUGUGCUUAUUUGUUUGGUUGUUCUUCAAAAAAUUUUCCUAUGAAUUACUUGGGAAUUCCUUUGGGUAGUAAGUCUAAAUGUAAAAAUAUGCCAGUUAGUGUGGUCAAGGAGAUGGAAAGAAUCAUAAGGAACUUCUUAUGGGGUUCUUCUACUUCAGUUAAAAAAAGAAGUUGGGUUUCUUGGACUAGAGUGAAUCUGCCAAAAAGUAGAGGAGGUGCUGGGAUAAAGAAGUUACAUUUGUGGGAUGGAAUUCUGAAAUCCAGAGAUUCUGUUAAAACAGGUACUUCUUUGAUUGUUGGUAAUGGAAGUAGUAUUUAUUUUUGGAAUGGUGUUUGGGUGGGAGAGCAGUCUUUGGAAGUUCUCUUUCCUACAUUGUUUCAUCUUUCUAAAAAGAAAAAUGCAGUCAUUAAGGAUUUGAUCUCUCCUGAGGGAGCUUGA